AUGUCUGGCUCGUUAAAGAGGCUCUGGUCUGACUUGGAGGACUCGACUUACCUCCCGCGCAAACGCAUCCAUGACGCCCUGGUUCAACUGCUAGGAUUUCGCGAUCAAUCACCUCCGUUGCGAUCCGCGAACUGGCCCGGCCGCCUUCCCGACGACAUACUCUUCAACAUUUUCAGCCUUGUCAUUGAAGACUUCUUCUCUCAACCAGAUGCCCUCUUCACGUCUGAAGUUGUUCCCCAACUGGCGCUCGGGAGGGUCUGCCGUCAAUGGAGACUCGCACUUCGAGACCUUCGAUCAGCAUGGACGUCUAUUCCCGCUGGGAUGUCCCCUCCCCUGGUGGUGUCGAGCUACUACCAUUCUCGCGGGCUUCCUCUGCGCACUGGCGUGCAGUUCACUCUCCCGGAUCUCUGUCUCACCGGACCGUGGUCGCGCGUGCGCCUACAAAAUGAGCUUCUUUCGCAGUUUGAUACCAAGUUCAGCCUACCUACGGAGAUACUCAAGGGAAAGGCGGUAGACUUCCGGAGUGUGCAGGAGCUGGCGAUCGAGGUGUCGUCAUACGUCCUCUCGGAGCUGGGAGCCCAAAUGUUGUGGCGAAAGCGGACCUUUCCCAAUAUCGACACGCUUCAUCUUGCGCUUCAUGCCAGCACCUCUGAGCUGGAGCGACUCCCGACAAACUUACAACAUCUCUACCGUCGAAAUGGACACGCCACAUUCUACAACUUCUCUUGGACCCGCCUCUUUCCGAGUCUUCGCAAACUACGCCUGGAUGGAGUCGAGCUAUCAGACUGGUCACUCUCGCUUCCUCCGGGUUUGCGCCAGCUCGAGCUGACUCUCAUGAGUGACGAUCAGCGCGACGUCUUAGGCAUCGCCCCGGCUAACGCCCGCUCGCUCGCCUUCCUCUUUCACGACUUGACCUCUCUUCCGAGUCUGGAGAAGCUCUCAGUAGAUUUCGACGGACUUUCACUCAAAACGAGUGUUCAACAAACCGACCAGGCGCUUCUCUCCACUCUGAGCUCCCUAAAGGAGGUCAACCUGACGGCCUUCUCGCCUUAUCCACUCUACCUCAUAUCAUGUGCCAACCUACCCACCCUCCGCCGCUGCUCUAUGAACCUCCGGUACCACAACUAUCCUAGCUUUGGUGCAACAGCAGACAAGCUGAACGACGUUUUCUUCAACUUCAUUCGCCAAUUGGCCUCCGUUGGAGUACACCUACGUUCGGUCUACGUUGGACACCAUGGCUGCCCGUCAUCACUCAGGAGCGCAGUCUCCAUCAUGGCCUCGACCGAGCUCCUCGACUGGACCGACUCUUCUGCCGUUCGUGCUUUCUAUGAGAACGCCAACUUGAAGUGCACCGUGUCAUGGGACCCAGACAUGCACGCUUCGGACUCAACCAUCGCAAACGCUUUCCUGAGCGCCCUUCUGUGUUCCAUCCCAGCUCACGUUUCGGACACACAUCCCAUCCACUCCUUGGCGUUUUCGGACGACGGCAGCUUGUGCUCUUACUUCUGCUCUGAGACGCUUCUCAUGCACAUGCCAUGCUUGCACACGCUCGUGUGCUACGGUUCCGAUGAGCAACUAGUGAAAGCUCUGCGCGGUUCGAGGGACGUGCAACACCUGAAGACGUUCGUCACGGAGGGUCCCGUCGAACUCGAGAAGACCUCACCACCACGCUAUGAUCUGGGCAUAUCGGGGGAGCCCGUUCAAGUGAAGUUCGUCGGAGCAGAGCCUGGCAGAAUCCUGCGCGACGCGGUGAUGAAGGCGAUGUAG